GAGUGAUGCAACUAGCAGGGAGCCUACAUGCCUUCAGAUCUCUUGAAUCACCCACCUGCAAGAACAUGGCCUUGUUCCCUACAGAAAGUGACAUCUCUGUGUCAUUAACUUCCUCAUCUUCCUUAUAAGUUGUGAUUCGAUGAUUCCGAGCACAUCCAGAGCUUUAGCAACAUUUCGCAAGUUGGAGGAGAAGAAAACUUCCUUAUUCAACCAAUUAGCCAUGUUGAGUCCCAAGAGGCUCGUCGAGAAGGCCAAGAAGAGGCUCCCCAUGGCCUUGAUGAGAGCCAACAGCAAUUCCAAUUCCUAUGAAGGCACUGCAGUGGUUGCUGAAAAGGGCCACUUUGUGGUCUACACUGUGGAUGGCACAAGGUUCAUGCUCCCUCUAGCAUUCCUGAAUAGCAAAAUAGUCCAAGAACUUCUCAAGUUGUCGGAAGAAGAGUUCGGGUUGCUCGGUGAUGGCCCAAUCAGAUUGGCGUGCAGUAGAGCUUUCAUGGAGUAUAUCAUCUCUUUGCUCUAUAGGCGUGUGUCUACUGAUGUGGAGAAGGCCUUGCUUUCCUCCAUUGAUGCAAACCGGUGUUCGGCUUCUCUGUUGAGCCAUCUUGGAAAAGAUCAGCACCAUUUAGUAGCAUUGACAUAGAUAUCAAACCUUUUGUUUCUUUUGACUUAGCUAAACUUCUUGAGAAACAUGUAGUUGAAAAAAAUGAAUACAUGUAUCUUGCAACCAUUUUCAGCAGGAAGCUUGGGACAUGGUUCCCUUAAUUAUGAGCAGAAACACCAUUUAACUUUGUA